GUUGUACUCAUGGUUCCGGGGCUGACAGUGUGGCAGAUCUAACCAUGAAAGGGUCUUUUAGUAUGAUCUAACGCCAACCGUGAAGUUCGUUAGGUUGUUGUAAAUUGUUACCGUCUUAUUUUUAUAUGCACACUAUUUGUCCGAAGUACUGAAAUGAAGGUGGUCAUGCGGGCAUGUCCAAGAACAUCUGAUACUCAUUGAUUUGGAACAGUUCGGAAGCACAGGUUGUGCACGCGCGGAGUCCUGGGGGAUCCGCGCUUCUGUAUUGCAGCUUUACCAUUAACUGUGGUUUAAACGAAAAUAAUUAAAUAUUUUGUGUGUCUUUAUAGUGAUAAAUAAGCAUUUGCGUUAUUGUGUAUGAUCUCGUAGUUAUUGUUCAUCGUUGCUUGAGGUUUCCGGCUGCAAUGGGCGAUGGAAAUGAAAAUUUUGCUCCAGGCCCGUUGCCUGGUGUGACUUAUCCCUUGCAAGUUCUGUACUGUGGGAACUGUUCUAUGCCAAUAGAAUACUGUGAAUAUUAUCCAGAAUAUGAAAAAUGCAAACAGUGGCUGGAACGAAAUCUUCCUGAGGAAUUCGAAAAGCUCAUGAAAAUUGGUGAGAAAGAAGAAGAUGGGAUUGGUGAAGAGGAAAAGAAACGUCAAAAAAGAGGUGGAAAGGGUAUAAUGAAAGCUAAAAAGAAAGAAGAUGUACCCAAACAAGUAUGUGUAUCACGAGCUCCACGUGGAAAGAAAAAGUCUGUAACUGUUGUCACAGGUCUUAGUACUUUUGAUAUUGAUUUAAAAGUAGCAGCUAAAUUUUUUGGCACUAAAUUCGCUUGUGGCUCCUCUGUUACUGGAGAAGAUGAAAUAGUUAUACAGGGUGAUGUGAAAGAUGACUUGUUUGACAUCAUCCCAGAGAAGUGGCCUGAGAUUGAUGAAGACUCUAUAGAAGAUUUAGGAGACCAAAAGAGGUAGCAAUAGACAAAAUACUACAAUGUUCCUGAGUUAUCAUCAUUGGUCCAUUUAUUAUUUAAUCUGAUAUACUGUACAGAUUGCUUCAUGCUUCUGUGCUUCCACAAUAAAUAAAAUAAAUAGUUAACAGGUGUCCUAUUUUAUUUCUUCUUCAGGUGGUUGAUUUCCUGCUAUUGUCAGAAUCUCCUGGAUUUGAUCAUCUGUCAAACGCUCUGCACUUUCCUCUACCAUCUAAAAAAUAUAAAUAAAACUUUAAAAUUAAACUUUUGCACUCAACAUCACACUUUCAAAUAUUACAAACUUAAAAAUAUUUACUUACCAAAUGAACAUCUACCUCCUUUUGUGGAGGAUCAUUAAUGAGCAUUAAUUUUUCGGCUUUGGUCAAGUUGAAAGAUUCAUAGGCAGAAAGUAAUUGUUUAAUUUUUUCGGGUGUCUGUUCAGCACAAGGAGAAUUCUGCAGAUAACGCAUUGCCUAGAAAUGAAAUUCUGAAUCUUUACAGGGGAAAGAUGGAUGUUGCCAUCUCAUGUUAGAACAUUGUACACUUUUCAAGUCUUGAAAUAAUAUAUUCUAACAGCGCUUGUAUUUCUUAAAGAUAAAUGUCUUCCAUGUUUUCCUUAUUUCUUAGAGUUAAUAGUUUGAGCUGGAUUCAAAUCCUACAAGAGGGUGCAUUCACCUAGUGAUUUUGACAUUUUGCCCCAAGUGCUCCCUCUCUACUUGAAUCAUUCAUUUAUUCCUAAUUAACAACAAAAACUAAUUCUCU